CUGGUCCUCUCUCCCCGUAUCCACCCAUCGGGCACGCGGUUGGCAGAGAGCAGUCGUUCGAGGCGCGAUGUCGUCGUGCACGUCAGAUCUGGCGCCGCUCCUUGGCGGCGUUGCCAACUCGUCGGCGGCAGCCGACUACAUCUGCAACCAGUUCACGGACGCCGGCUUCGCCAUCGACACCACCUACCUUCUCUUCUCCGCCUACCUCGUGUUCGCCAUGCAGCUCGGCUUCGCUAUGCUUUGCGCCGGCUCCGUGCGCGCCAAGAACACCAUGAACAUCAUGCUCACCAACGUGCUCGACGCCGCGGCCGGCGGUCUCUUCUACUACCUCUUCGGGUUCGCCUUUGCCUUCGGCGGUCCCUCGAACGGCUUCAUCGGGAAGCACUUCUUCGGCCUCAAGGAGGUGCCGCAGCCCAGCUUCGACUACUCCAACUUCCUCUACCAAUGGGCCUUCGCCAUCGCAGCCGCCGGUAUCACCUCCGGCUCCAUCGCCGAGCGCACCCAGUUCGUGGCCUACCUCAUUUACUCCUCCUUCCUCACCGGCUUCGUCUACCCCGUCGUCUCCCACUGGUUCUGGUCGGGCGACGGGUGGGCUGCCGCGGCGAGGAACGCCGGGGAGUCGCUGUUGUUCGAGACCGGAGUGAUCGACUUCGCGGGGUCGGGCGUGGUGCACAUGGUGGGAGGCAUCGCGGGGCUGUGGGGCGCCCUCAUCGAGGGCCCCCGCAUCGGGCGCUUCGACCACGCCGGCCGCUCCGUGAACCUCCGCGGUCACUCUGCCACCCUGGUGGUGCUCGGCACCUUCCUCCUCUGGUUCGGCUGGUACGGCUUCAACCCAGGCUCCUUCAACAUCAUCUUCCGGACCUACGGCCCCAGCGGCUCCAUCCACGGCCAGUGGUCCGCCGUUGGCCGCACCGCCGUCACCACCACCCUCGCCGGCUGCACCGCCGCCCUCACCACCCUCUUUGGGAAGCGCCUCCAGACGGGCCACUGGAACGUGCUCGACGUCUGCAACGGCCUCCUCGGCGGCUUCGCGGCCAUCACAUCUGGCUGCUCCGUGGUCGACCCGUGGGCCGCCAUCGUCUGCGGCUUCGUCUCCGCCUGGGUUCUCAUCGGCCUUAACAAGCUCGCCGCCAAGCUCAAGUUCGAUGAUCCCCUCGAGGCCGCGCAGCUGCACGGCGGCUGUGGCGCGUGGGGGAUCAUCUUCACUGCGCUCUUCGCUCGGGAAAAGUACGUGAACGAGGUGUACCCGGGGCGGCCGGGGCGGCCCUACGGGCUAUUCAUGGGCGGGGGCGGGCGGCUGUUGGGCGCCCACAUCGUACAGAUCCUGGUGAUCACCGGGUGGGUGAGUUGCACCAUGGGCCCGUUGUUCUUCGCGCUGCACAAGCUCAACCUGCUCAGGAUCUCCGCCGAGGACGAGUUGGCCGGGAUGGACCUCACCCGGCACGGCGGCUUCGCCUACGACUACCACGACGAGGACCCCAGCGCACACGGCGGCAGCCCCAGAGGCGGGUUCAUGCUCAAGUCCUCGCCGACGCCGGUGAAGCCGAAGGCCAACCAGACGGCCACCGCCAACCAGGUGUAACUCUCCAAGAUGGACGUGUUUUCUCUUCUCUGUCCCUGCUAAGAACAGGGUAAUGUGUACAGGAUGAUUGGUUCUGUGGUGACCGGUGAAUCUAGUAGUACCAGUGUCUUGGAUUAGGUUACGUGUCUCUGUCUUCUCCCCCGUCUUGCAUUGUAAUGGUGUUGGGUUCAUGAUGUUACCAGCAAUCGAACUUCUUUUACCUUUUUCGUA